CCCUCUCUCACUCCUUACUUCCGCUUCCUUCAACCGAGGAGUCAGGGCCUCCCCCAUUUUUCUCACCCAGGAGGAGGAGGCGGCGGCGGAGGCAGCAGCAGCUUACGAUGUUUGGCCUCAAGAGAAACGCUGUAAUCGGACUCAACCUCUACUGUGGGGGGGCCGGGCUGGCGGCCGGGAGCGGCGGCGCCUCCUCUUCGGGAGGGCGGCUUGUGGCUGUGGGGAAGGAGGCCACGGCCCGGCGAGAGGUAGGGGGAGGGGAAGCCGGUGAGGUGAUUGGCGGAAGCGCCGGCGCGAGCCCCCCAGCCACUCUCGCGCCCGACGCCCGAAGGGUCGCGCGGCCCUCGCCCAUUGGUGCCGAGGGCCCCGACGUCACCGCGACCCCUCCGAAGCUGCUGUUCUUCGCGGCCACCCGCUGUGCGUCGCCGCCUGAAAAGAUGGAAGGCCCAGCCGCCGACGCCAUCAUGUCGCCCGAAGAGGAACUAGACGGGUACGAGCCAGAACCUCUGGGGAAGCGGCCGGCUGUCCUGCCUUUGCUGGAGUUGGUCGGGGAGGCCAGCAGUGGCCCCGGCACAGAUGGCUCACUGCCCUCGACGCCACCCCCAGCAGAGGAGGAGGAGGACGAGUUGUUCCGGCAGUCGCUGGAGAUUAUCUCUCGGUACCUUCGGGAGCAGGCGACCGGCGCCAAGGACGCGAAACCACUGGGCGGGUCUGGGGCGGCCAGCCGAAAGGCGUUAGAGACCCUCCGACGGGUCGGGGACGGCGUGCAGCGCAACCACGAGACCGCCUUCCAAGGCAUGCUUCGGAAACUGGACAUCAAAAACGAAGACGAUGUCAAAUCUUUGUCUCGAGUGAUGGUCCAUGUUUUCAGUGACGGAGUAACAAACUGGGGCAGGAUUGUGACUCUUAUUUCUUUUGGUGCCUUUGUGGCCAAACACUUGAAGAGUAUAAACCAAGAAAGCUGCAUCGAACCAUUAGCAGAAAGCAUCACAGAUGUUCUUGUAAGGACAAAACGAGACUGGCUAGUCAAACAAAGAGGCUGGGAUGGGUUUGUGGAGUUCUUCCACGUAGAGGACCUAGAAGGUGGCAUCAGAAAUGUGCUGCUGGCUUUUGCAGGUGUUGCUGGAGUAGGAGCUGGUUUGGCAUAUCUAAUAAGAUAGCCUUUUAAGUGCAAUAAUUGACUUUUAACCAACCCCAGGCACCAAAAUCACAUAACGACUGCUGUGAAUCAAAUGUAUUUAUGAAGUUGGACUUCAAGCUGUCCAGGCUGUAACCUCCAAGAGUUCUACUCUAGCAACGUAGAAAAGCAAGUGGCAAGAGGAUUAUGGCUAACAGGAAUAAAUACAUGGGAAAAGUAGUCCCCCUUGAAGAGUCACUGUCUAAAGCAAGGUUCAAUUUCAGCAACAGGCAAACUGGGGGGCCGUGGAAGAGGACUUUUAGAGUUAGUGAAGAUGGUAGGCUUGAAGAGACUUGAUUUCCUUGUCUAGAACAGGAGAGUGGCCAGUAGCCAGGCUAGUCAUAGAGUCCAUUAAAUGUCCACUGAAAUAAUUAACUUCUUAUAGUGUUAAAAGAGAAGCACUAACAAUAACAAUGGCAGUGAUCUGUAUAAAAUGGAUUUAAGCUACAGGUAAUAGAACUAUGACUAGAAGCCUCCGUACUGUACAACAGAGUGUGAAGGGAAGCUUUUUCUCUGCAAUUAGCUUUUCCCAGGUGUACUUCUUGAAUAGAAAGUCCAAGUGCUCAGGACUUUUUAUACCUGUUCUACUUUGGCUUGGUUUGAGUGGUUUAGUUUAUUAGCCUAGUAAUGGCCAAGAAUACUUGACUUAAGGCUCAAUAAUGACAAUUGCAAAUAUGAAAAUAUCCUCAAUUUUUAAGACAAAAACAACUUGUAAAUGUAUUUGUCUGUAAAAAUUGUAUAUAUUUUUACAGAAAGUCUAUUUGAAAUGUAAAGGGAUGAAAAGUCUCAAAAUACAUUAAUUUUUUCAUACCCGUUUGAAAUUUCCAACUUCUGUAGUUAGGAAUCUAUUUCUUACAGCUUUUCUAUUCUAAAUUUUAUCCUGGUCAGUUAUAGAUUGUAUACAGAACCAGUUGAUGUAAGUGUAUGCAACUUGGUUGUAGUGGAACAAUUCUGAUUCAUAACUGUGCAGACUUUAAUUUUCCUAUCUGAUUUUGGUAAGUAUUCCUUAGAUUUUUUUUUAACUGCGAUUGAAAAAUUGAAUGGAAAUUCAUCCUUUCACUUCAUUACAUGUAGGUUUUCAAUAAGUGAGUCAAGGUGGAGUUUUAAGUUUGGUGGGCGGUGCCGGCUGGUGACUUAGAAAUAAUGGGUUCUGAUUGGGCAGCUACUCAUUUCAGUUCUUUCCAUUUGGGUUAAUUUACUGGUCAAAUUUAAAUUGAGUUUAUGAGCUCAUCUUCAAAGCUUUUGCUAAAAGAUUUUCAGCUGUUCCAAAUGGGACUUACUAGCAGUAUGUGUAUAAAAAGAUCACAUCAGGUGUAUGAGAGACAUUUGAUCCCUUGUUUGCUUAAUAAAUUGUAAAACGGCUUGGAAAAGCAGGCUUAUAGUCUAACCAUGGUGCUAUUAUUAGGCUUGCUUGUUAAACACAGGUCUAAGCCUAUCAAUAAAACAAAUACUUAUGUUUCAUUUCUAUUAAUGAUUCCCAAACUUUGUUCAAAUUUUUGCAUUGGCAUCUCUUUGGAUUUCAGGCUUGAUGUUUUAUCAAACUUUUUAUUUUCUAUACUUCCUUGAAGUAUUUGCUGCUUGUUCUCCCUGUACAAAUAGUUAUAUCAGUUCCUACAUCCUUACCAUGCCAUCUCUGAACUCCUACUGGCCCUUUUAGUUUUUGGCACUAUGAACCCUAAGUAACCCCCCAGGAGACCACAGACCUUCAUCCUUAAUGAAUUUUAUCCUUGGGAGGUGGUAGGUAGUACAGUGGGUGCCAUGACCAUGAGAGACAUAUGGUGGAGGAGUCCCUUUUCCUUUGAUUGGUACCUUUUCAGUUACUGCUUUAUUCUAUCUUUGGGGGAAAAGUUUUUAAAGUCCCUUUAGGAAUUUUCAGAGAAGGGGGACAACAAAUAGUGUGACUUUUCUAGGUUCCUUUAUGUUUGAAAAAGCUCAUUUAAAAUUACAGAAAGGGAUGGGUUCUGUUAGACCUCAGAGUUCUAUAAAAACUGGUAAACUGAAGAAAGCUUCUGUAGUAGAUCUAGGGUCAUUUGAAAGCUUCAUCCUUGGAACGUAACCUUUGGUCUGUGGACUCCAGAUGAAAACAGGCAUGAAUAAAAUGACUAAGAAUGUAAUAAAUAGGGAAGGAUUGCCCUGCCUGCCCAUCCUUGAGCCAUAAGGUCAUCUAGCUAGAGCUAUUUUUACCUAUGUAUUUAUCGUUCUUGAUCAUGAACCACUUAUUUAUGUCAUGUCUAUCUCUAAGGACCUGAAAGCACUUUAUGUAGUUUUUAAUUAAUCUGAAGAUCUGGUAAAGGUGACUAAAAGGCCUGUCUCCCCAUAUCCACUUGUGGAAGUAAGCGCAUAGAUGGAGAUUGGUGGAGUUUAGGGAACCCACCCCAAUUUUCUAGGUGUGACUGCUGAAAUGUAGAGAAGGAUCUUAGUUGAAACUUUGGGUCAGGGGCUUGGAGGGCUUAGCCCAAGUGCUUUGGGGAAGGUUGGGUGGUUUUGUAGGGAGAGGAGGCACGUGUCCUCAGUGCUGGCUAGCUGCGUAGUUCAGGCAAAGGGUUGUGUGGAAAGCUGGCUCUCAGCAACUUGUCUUCUGUCUCUCAGGGAAAACAUGCAGUCCUGUAGUGUCCGGGCACACUCUGUUGGGGGCGAACAUCUUGGUUCUGGUUAAAGAGCUCAUGCUAUUGGCAGCUGUGCCAGGAAGGGUCCAGGAAGGGUUAGGACCAACUACAAAUUAACAUGGGCUGUAAAAUGUAGUGUGUUUCCCUAACUUCCUGUUUUUCCUGAGAAGAAAAUAAUAAACCUUUUAUUCAAAUGCAA